UUCAUUUUGUCAAGGAGGGUUGUAACCCCAAAAUGAAAGUUAGGGUCCUAGAAGGUACUGGCGAUACGGUUUUAUCGGAGUACUGAAUCGAUAAUAUGCUCAUGUGGGUGCGGAUGGCUUUGGGCUUUUUUUAUUUCUAACUUUGAUUGAUUACCUCGAUAUGUCAACUGUGUACAGUGUUCUAGACGAUGUACUUAUGCCCCACACUUAAAAUAAGUGUGGUUUUUGGAUUUAUAAUUGAGGUAGUAGAUGGAAAAAGAUAGAACGAAUUUCAAAGUGGUAAGGACGUUGGUUGCUAUCGAAUUGGUUGUCUAUCCUUAAAUUUCCAACUCCCUCAAAUAUCGAUCCAUCAAUGGCUGUCUGCCCUGCACAUGUUUCCAUACUCCUUUUCCCACUGCCAACGGUAUAAAAAACUCUCAUGUUCCUUCAUAUUUGCACUGCCAGAAUUUCAUCUCCUCUUCUCCCUCUAUCUCUCUCUCUCUCUCCAACUUGCUGUGAUUCUUGACUGAAACAAAAGGCAGUUAUGGAAUCUCUCACCUCAUUCACAUCUGAGAAUACCAUCUUUCUUGCAUCCCUCUUGGCAUUGCUCGUCAAUGGCCUCAUCUUUUUGUGGAAACUGUACACCAGAAGAGUUAACCAGGCCUGCUAUCUCCUUGACUAUGCCUGCUUCAAGCCCCCGGACGACUGGAUGCUUGACACUGAGCUUUGUGGCGAAAUCAUCAAACGGAACAAGAAGCUUGGUGUUGAUGAGUGCCAAUUCCUCCUCAAAAUGACCGUGAGCUCGGGCAUUAGCGAAGAGACUUACGCCCCACGAUGCUUGAGCUUUGGAAAUCCAAACAAUGUUUCUCUGAAUGACGGGCUCGAUGAGAUGGAUGAGUGUUUCAAGGGAUGUCUUGACACACUCUUUGCUAAAACCGGCAUCUCGCCGAAGGAUGUUGAUAUAUUAGUGGUUAAUGUGGCGCUGCUAUGGCCGGCCCCCUCUCUGUCUGCAAGGAUAGUGAACAUGUACAAGAUGAAGGAGGACAUAAUGGCCUACAAUCUCUCGGGCAUGGGCUGCAGUGCGAGCGUCAUAUCCAUCAACCUGGUGGAAAACUUGUUCAAGCAGCACACUGAAUCUCUGGCGGUGGUUGUGACCAGUGAGAGCAUUGCAAUGAAUUGGUAUUCUGGCCUUGACAGGUCCAUGAUGCUGGCCAACUGCCUCUUCCGAUCUGGUUGCUGUGCCAUGAUGCUCAGCAAUCGUAGCACAGACCGGGUUUGCUCCAAGUUCCUGCUCAAGAACCUGGUGCGUACCCACAUGGGUGAGAAUGACCAAGCCCACUAUUGCGCAUACGAGAUGGAGGAUGAGGAUGGGUGCCCCGGAGUCAAGCUCAGCAAGCACCUCCCUAAAGCCGCAGCCCAAGCCUUUGUCAAGAACUUGAGCGUACUGGGACCCAAGAUACUGCCAGUCACAGAGAUAGUGCGGUAUCUGGUCGCUCGGUAUCUGUUGAAGCGCAGCAAAGAGACUGUGAGUGUGAACCUAAAGACCGCAGUGCAGCACUUCUGCCUCCAUGCCGGGGGAACUGCCGUGAUAGAUGCCGUUGGGAAGAGCCUAGGGCUGACCGACUACGACCUGGAGCCAUCCCGGAUGACGCUCCACCGUUGGGGGAACACGUCGGCCAGUUCCCUAUGGUAUGUCCUCAGCUACAUGGAGGCCAAGAAGAGGCUGAGGAAAGGACACAGGGUGCUCCAAAUCUCAUUCGGGGCUGGGUUCAAGUGCAACAGUUGUGUGUGGGAGGUGGUCCGAGACCUGGGCGACCUCAGCGUGUGGGAGGACAGUGUGCACAGGUACCCUGCAAAGACCUUAGUCAACCCUUUCUUGGAGAAGUAUGGUUGGAUUAAUAACCCCGAUCCGCAGAGGCUUGCAGAGGCCUUAAAAGAUAGAGAAGAAAAUUACUAGUGCUCGUAAAAAUAAUAUAUAAUAUAAUAAAUAGUACUCACCUUCUUCAAAAACAACCCAAAACAAGAACUGUAAUAAUCAGUUGUGAUUGCUUGCUUUGCUCAUUAGGAAAACAAGAAACAACCACUGUUAAGAAAAGUUAUAUAUUGUGUAUGGGGUUUAGGGUUAGGGUUAGUAUGGAAAGGGAAGACUUUCUUUACAGGGAGGGAGACAAGCACCUUCCCUCCAUCCCAGCAGCCCCUCCCCUUCCUUUUUACUUCUCUUUUAAGACAUUAUGUACUGUGCAUGGGUCUCAUUAGUGAUUCUUGUAAUGGCUGGGUGGUUAUAUUGGAAACCGUGUUGUUUAUGAUUCUUGUA